AAGGGAAUUCCAAGGCCACGCCCACUUCUGUGACAAAACAGAGAAAUGAAGAGGGCAGUCUGGUGACAUUCCCACUCCUGAACAGACUCUAAGGACAAACAGAGGAAUACAGAGAGAAUAACAAGGUGAUAUACACAAUGGCCUCCUCCACUUCUCAGUCGUCCAAUUUCAAAUGUUCUAUUUGUCUUGAUGGGUUCACUGACCCUGUCUCCACUCCAUGCGGACACAACUUUUGCCAAGUCUGCAUAAACACUUACUGGGAUUCAACACACCACACCCAGUGUCCACUUUGUCAACAUAACUUCAAGAAAAGGCCAGAAUUAAAGGUUAACGUCCUGCUCAGAGAUCUCAUAGUGCAAAAACAGACAAACAUCCAGAGCACCCCAGAGGAAAGGACCCAAACACAAGACAUUUUGUGUGAUGUGUGUGCCGGAGAGAAGAAAUUGAAGGCAGUUAAGUCCUGUCUAUACUGUGAAGAAUCUCUCUGCUCUGAACACCUGAAACCUCACCAGGAUGCUGCUGAGCUAAAGUCUCACAACCUGCUGGAUCCUGUCAGCAGACUGAAGGACAGGGUGUGCAAGAAGCACAACACUCCUUUGGAGCUGGUUUGCCAUCAUGAUCUGACGUGUGUGUGUGUGAUCUGCAUCAAAUCAAACCACCAAAACCAUCAGUGUGUCCCUUUGAAGAACCGCCUGAGAAAAAAGAAGGCCAAGGCAGAUCAAGAACUGGCAGAGGUGCAGCAGGAGAUCAAGGACAGGAAAAAGAUGGUUGAAAAGGUCGGGGGAUUGGUGGAAAUGAGUGAGGAAAACACCAGGACAGACAUUGGAGACGUCCUGAGGAUAUUCACUCACCUCCAACGAGUGGUGAAGAUGAACGAGUCAGGACUUGUGUCUGCUCUCAUCUUGCUACAGAGAAAAGCUGAAAAUCGCAGUGAGUCUGUUAAAGAAAAGCUUCAAGAGGAAAUCAGCGAACUGGAGGAAAGAAAAGAUGAGCUGGAGCAGCUCUCUCAAAUUGGUGACGAUCUCCGUCUUCUACAGAGUUUGCAUUCUCUGAACGAUCCACCUAAAACUGAAGACUGGUCUGAGAUCAGUGUCUACAGUGAUUCAGCAGUGGGGACUGUGCGAAGCGCUGUCACCAAGCUGCUACUUGAACUUCACCGUGAGACGAGUGAUGAAAUGAAAGAACUGGUUACAAAAGAGAUAAGGAGAAUUCAGCAAUAUGCAGUGGAUGUAACUUUGGACUCUGACACUGCAAACCAUCUCCUCGUUGUGUCCAAUGAUGGGAAACAAGUGAGAAAUGGAAGCUUUCCUCAGAAACUGCCAGACAACCCAGAGAGGUUUGACCCUCUCCUCGGUGUUCUGGGAAAAGACGGCUAUUCCUCUGGUGCCUUCUACUUUGAGGUGCAAGUGGAAGACAAGACUGCAUGGGACAUUGGGGUUGCCUUGGAAACAGUUAACAGGAAACGCCAAAGUGAAGUAUGUCUGAGCAAUGGCUACGCUGUCCUGAUGCUGAGGGAUGGGAAGAUCCUGAAAGCUUGUGACCAACCCGCGGUGGGGAUUAAUCUCCCCAAUAUGCCUAAGAAGAUUGGAGUAUUUGUGGACCAUGAGGAGGGAGAGGUCUGUUUUUAUGAUGUUGGGAAUAAAGCACAUAUCUACUCCUUUCACUGCAGGUUUCCCAAGAAGAAGUUACACCCUUACUUUAACCCCUGCACACAACAUGAGGGCACUAACUCAGCCCCAAUGGUAAUCACUCCUCUCAGUUAAAUUAAGUCAAGUCAGUAAGAUUCAACAUGUGGAAAGCUAUGUCUGCAAUGACUGUAGUAAAUUAUAUGGCAAUUCAUCCCAUAGUUAUCCAGAUGUCUCACUGUGCCAAGGUAGUCAUCAAGGUCAUUAGGAUUUAUCCUCUAGGACCCUUGAAUAUCUGUAGUAAAUCCCAGUCCUUAUAUACACAGCCCAGUACAAUAUGUCUCUGGUCUCGCUGUGUCAGUCACUAAUAAGAAGGUGUGGCUGAAUAGCAUAGCCUGGAGGACGAUGUUGCAGAGUCAAUAUUGGCUACUUUACAGUCACUCUGCACACUCAAAAAUAAUCCUAGUGCACUUGUAAAGCAGAGAUCUCAGUAGCAUGCAGGGACUGAGACAUGUUUCAGUUGAGGUUGAGGCACUGAUCAGAUCACCUAUCUGAGAACUUUGGAGCAAGGUGAGUGAUGGCAUGAUUAUCAUGAUGAUGAUAUUGGAGUUGCAGCAAAACUACUGGACAGGACCAUUCAAAUAAUGCUGGUAGUUUUGCUAGUAAUAGAUUUUGUUUGAUUUUAGUUAAUUAUAUGUGAAGAGCACUGAAACACAUGCAUGUAACUUCAGCUUCUAUUUAUUUAUGUGGAUUUUGGUAUCAUACUCAAUCACAGUGUUAAUGAAAACUAACAAAAAACAUUUUUGCACAAGUCAGUAUGUUUUACUGUACAGUUCUGGUACAGUUUUUAUCUGUAUGUUUUGUCACUGGUUCAGUAUAUACAGUAUUUAAUGAGCAAAAUAAAUAAAAAUGUCUUUUACA